AUGAGUCGUGGACUGCGUCAAACUGAACGUCGUAUUAAAGCCAAACAGCAGCAGUAUAGCCCUAGCAAGACGUCAUCUUCUCGUGAGAUCGACCUACGAAACUCUUCAUCAAACACACUUUUAUGCGAAAUGAAUGUCGUCACAACAAUCGCAUGCAGCCUAGGCCGACGGUUAAUUAAACACUCUGAUCGAUACGGUGCAGACGGCUGUCCAGAAGGCCACGAUGCACGAAAAGUUUACGACUUGCAAGUACCGCCUAUUUCGCACCAUCUACCAAAGUGGAGAUCACCUCGCACUACUGACGAAAGGUCAGCUCCAAGUAGUCAGCACCGAUCGACGCAAAAUGAGCGGAGCGCCUACUCGUCGCAGAAUCACGAAACACGUCUCCUCUCGGGCCUCGGCUAA